AUGAUUUAUGAUUAUGGUCGAUUAUUUUUUAGUCUUGCUAUUUUGGGAAUAUUUAAUUAUCUCUCAAUGAUAAGAUGGAAAAAUUAUGACGACGAAAAACAUGGAUAUUAUUGGGUUAUUACUCCUGUUAUUGAAACCGCAAUUUGGAUGUAUGCCACUAUUUUAUCCAUUAUUAACUUAGCAUCACAACAACGUGGUGUAUUUCACAUUCGAGGACACUUGGAUUUAUUAUAUCUCCUGACAGUUCUUUCAUCAUUAAUCAAUAUUCAUUCAUUAUACUCAAAAUAUGGAAUGGAUAUUAAGUCAGAUGGAGAAUAUUAUUUAUUCAUAUGGAUUUUAAUAUUUUCAUCUGUGUUACUUAUCAUUACUAUCUUUGAACCAGAAGAUGAUCCAAAUGGAAUUUAUUCAAAACCCAAUUCUAAG